GCUGAAGGUAACGGCGGCUCUGUUAGUGUCACGCCUUAGAGAUUUAUUUCUCAGGCUCUUUAGGAUUUUUUUGUUUUCUCUUCUUCUUUUUUUUUUUUUUUGAGUCUUCAGAGAGGCAAGAGUAAUUUCUCCCUUCCACUGUUGGGAAUCUGAGCUUCUGUUACUCUCAGAGAACCCCCUUUCCCGCAUCUUUUCCUUUAUACCUUUACUCUUCUGCGGGCUAGACUCUCCCUCGGUCCUCCAAGACGUCUCGCCGUUUUAUUUGAUUUUAGUUCUGUUCUUUGAGAGAAUCCCAGCCCCGGAGUUAUCUUUCCUUCCCUCUUUAGCGGACCCCUGCUCGCCUCCAUCCUCGUCCUCGGUCUGAGGCAUGGAGCCUGACGGCUCUCGGGAAUCCCCACCGCGGGAGGGCUCUUCCUGUCCUGGACAGUGGCCUUUCUCCGCCCUCGGACAGGCCUUCUCCCAGAUCUUGCACCAGUUUGCCGGUCAGGAAUCCCGACGGGGCAAGGCCAGAAAUGCAGCUCUUCGGGACCUCAGUGCUGUACUAGAUGCCAAAGAAUGUGAUCAGUUGUUUGCGGGGAGUGACACCUCGCUCCGUGGAAUGCCCGAGAUGCUGGGGCAGGUGGCAAAAGCCCUGGGGAAGUAUGCAGCUCCUCCCGAGGGGCCGGAAGGGGGAGGUGAUCGUCACUCCGAAGUGGCCGAGAAAGCGGCAGCAGUUGGGUUACUCUUCCUUAAGCUGUUGAGGAAAGUUGAGACCGCUAAGAAUUCCUUGGUUUGCUCUGCAUGGAAGGCAGGCCUCCGUCACUUGGCAGGACCCAUCUAUAUUUUUGCCAUCACACACAACUUGGAGCAACCAUGGACCAGCCCAAAAUCUCAGGGCGUCGCUGGACAGGUGCUCGCCUUACUGCUUCAGGUUACUGAGUGUGGUUCUGUGGCUGGAUUCCUCCACGGAGAAAAUGAAGAUGAGAAAGGGAGAUUUACUGCGGUCAUGGGGCUUCUCAAACCCGAUUUGAAUAAGGACUCCUGGAAGAGUAACCCAGCCACCAAACAUGUUUUCUCAUGGACUCUGCAAAAGGUCACUCGACCCUGGCUGAGCCAACAUCUGGAAAGGGUACUUCCCCCGUCAUUGCUCAUCUCAGAUGACUAUCAAACCGAGAACAAAAUCCUGGGUGUCCACUGCCUCCAUCACAUUGUGCUAAAUGUGCCAGCUGCUGAUCUGCUGCAGUACAACAGGGCCCAAGUCCUAUACCAUGCCCUUUUCAACCACCUGUACACACGGGAGCACCACCUCAUUCAGGCUGUGCUCCUGUGUCUGCUGGAUUUAUUCCCCAUCCUGGAGAAAGCCCUGCACUGGAAGGGAGAUGCAGCCCGACCCACCACACAUUGUGACGAGGUCCUGCAGCUGAUUCUGACGCACAUGGAGCCCGAGCACCGCCUUCUCUUACGCAGGACUUACGCAAGAAACCUACCGGCUUUCGUGAAGAGGUUGGGGAUCUUAACUGUCCGGCACUUGAAGAGGCUGGAUCGAGUCAUCAUUGGUUAUCUGGAGGUUUAUGAUGGACCCGAGGAGGAGGCUAGAUUGAAGAUAUUGGAAGCCCUAAAACUUCUCAUGCAGUAUACUUGGCCCAGAGUUCCCUGUAGACUUGUGGUCUUACUGAAGGCUCUCUUGAAACUGAUAUGUGAUGUAGCAAGGGAUUCAAGCCUCACACCCGAAUCUGUUAAGAGUGCCUUGUUAGAAGAGGCCACAGACUGCCUGAUUCUCCUGGACCGCUGCUCUGAAGGACAGGUGAAGGGUCUCCUGGCUAAAAUUCCCCAAAGCUGUGAAGACAGUAAGGUGGGGAACUGUAUCCGAAGAGUGCAGCAGGUUUCUGAAGGAGCUCCCUACAAUGCAACUUAAGACUUGUAUUACUUUCCUGAAGAGGAAAGGAUUUUCUUUCUGUUCCAAUUGUUUCAAAUGGAAUCAUUUCAGGAAAAAGGUAUAUUUAUAUUAAACAUUAUAACUUAGAUCUUCUUUUUCCUUCUUUCCUUUUUACUCCCAUAGAAGUAGGGAAAAGAAAACAUGAAAAAAUUGAAGUCUGGACAUUUCUAAAUAAAGGGGGGAGGGGGAGGAAUGCAGGGGGAGGAUACCAAGGAAACGGGUGGGUAGCAUUUAAAAUUUAGAAAUAUUUACACCCACAAACUCAUCGGUUACGUUUCUUGGGCUCAAGCUGUUACUCCAGCACACGUAACAAUGCUAUAAAAAUACUCUGUUCACAAUUUAGGCUUUUCUCCACUCCCUCCCAUAUUUUUUGCCCCACAGAAGUAGCAUAAAUAUUAAAAACACAAAUAUUGUGUUAAAAACAAGAUAAAGAGCAAAACCCAGAAGUGUGUAUGUGUUUAAGAUAAAAAAAAAAGGGAAGAAGUUCAAAAUGUCCAGUCCUGUUUAUAAACGUCUGAAGGGAAAUCACGUGGUUUUGGCCUUGGCCUCGGGCUCUGUCUCCAGCUCGUACUCUAUCUCUACGUAUGCUUUUUUCCUCCUCAAAGGUCCUUUCAAGGGUGCUUUGCCUUUGUGUUUAGUGUCAACGGCCUUUUCUUCUUCCUCACUGGAGGAUUUAUCAUCCUCAUCUUCAUCACCGCUGGCGUCCAGUUUAUCCAUGUCCUAAUGUGGGGAGGGAAAAAAAUAGGAAAGACGCUAGAUUCAUUCCCCAAACUGCCUAUUUAGAACUAAAACUAGAGAAUUUAUCUGCUCUGUGUGACCAGAACUCCCCUCCCCCUUUUUUGUCUGAAGCCAAGGACAGAUUUUUACCCAUGAACCUCACCUCAAAAUCACUUAUGUCACUCUCAUCAACUUCAUCAUCUUCCACAAACUCUCUUUUUCCCACAUCCUAAAAUAAAAUGUAACUAUUAUGUUCAAGAUACAUAAUGAAAAUUCAGCUUAGACAUCUGGUUUUAUUCUUUGAUAAGUGCAUCAAUAACAUAAACAGAAUGAGAGUCUACUUACUAGGCAAGCAAAAUCAACUUAUUUCCAAGUUUAAUACUUCUGAAUUUAAAACACUUCAGGGAUAUCAAUUCUCAUGCCUGAUUUAAAUCAUUAGAGAUAAAACAUCCUCAUUUUAAAUGGUUAAAAUCAAUAUACAGUACAAGAGCAAACAAUUCUUUGCACAUUCAACAAAAAGUAUUAAUUUCAAAUAUUAAAAAAUAGUUUACUACUAGGAAAAGUUACACCUGUGUACCUGUGUGAGUCUAUUGUGAAUCUACUUGUUAAAUUUGCCCUUUACCUAAAAAUACUAUCAUUUAAGUACUUCCCCUAUAUUAACAGUAAAAUUAAGCCCCUUGUAAAUUUCAGUAGGUUGCUUAAUGUUAUAUUCCCUCAGCUAAUAAGGACCCUUCAUUUGUCAUCUUGCAGGAAAAAUUUUAGAAUGCUAAUAAAUAAGAUCAAAUUGUCAAUGCAUAAAUAGUUUGUUGGCUGAACCUGGAGAACAAAGCAGCCACUUCUGAACCAAAUUAAUCAAAAAUGAUAGGAAAAAAUAACCAAAUAUCUAUUUUGGUUAGGGAAAUGAAAAUGAUAUUCUCUCUCAAUUACAUAAAAAUAGAUCUCAUUGGGCUGGUGGCGCAGUGGUUAAGAGUCUGCCUGCCAAUGCAGGGGACACGGGUUCGAGCCCUGGUCUGGGAGGAUCCUACAUGCAACAGAGCGGCUGGGCCCGUGCGCUGCAACUACUGAGCCUACGCUCUAGAGCCUGCAAGCCACGACUACUGAAGUCUGUGAGCCCUGGGCCCGUGCUCCGCAACGGGAGAAGCCACCGCAAUGAGAAGCCUGCACACCGCGACAAAGAGUAGCCACCCACUUACCACAACUAGAGAAAGCCCGUGCACAGCAACGAAGACACAACACAGCCAAAAAUAAAUAAAUAACAUCUGAAGAGCCACUGUCUGCCUCCUGCUGUUCCAGGGCCUUGUCGAAGGCAUGGAUGGGGAAGUUGUAGAUGUCGCCAUACUAAAGAACAUAAACGUGGGUCAGCUUUAACCACAUUUGGAUCUUAUGCUUGAAGUCCACCGUCCAACAAGUAUAUUAUUUUCCUCAGUGAUCAAACAAGAAUAAUUAGUAAUAUUACUAUAUUAUUGUCAGGCCUAGAGCCAGCAGUGUCUUUCAAAAACCCAUAUUUGACAUUUAAAUAAUCAGUGAUUAAUACCAAACAGGCACCUUCUAUGAAGGAUGGAUACCAGAUCACUUAAAACUUAAUAGUCUAUAAAACCCAUGGAUUGGAACAAAUGUAAUUUUGCUGAUAAAGGGGAAAUAGUAGGAAAAAGUAAGUUUUAUUCAUGUUUCUGUAAAUGACAUAAAUUUUUCAAAAGACAAUAAAAAUUCAUUUUAAAGAACCUUAAAAGUCUAGGAUGAAUAGGCAGGAGGAUCGAAACUGUACGGCUUUUAUAUAGAGAUCUGGAGUUGUUGUGUUUGGGAGGGGGAGUUGGGAAUAAUGGCAAAAAAGGAAAGGUCUCUCUACUGAAGUAUCAAGAGUAACUAAAGUAUUUUAUGUGCUUGAUCAGGAAACUAAAAUGAGGAAGCCAGGGCCUAUAUGAUAUCUAUUUUAUUCCAGUAAUAAAAUCAAGGUGAAGAUCUUUCUAGCAUCCUUAAAAAUAAAACACAUUUCCCACUAUUCCUACAUUUCCUAGCAUAUUACCACCUAAAAAAUAAAAUCUGUACCCCAAAGUUCCUAGCUUUCUCACCGUAUCUUGUUUCAGUCUCUCUAGCAAUUCCUUUUCGAUGGCGUUGUCCAGCUGAGCAGCUAUUAAUGCCUUUUCCUGUAAGAGAAAAAGAGCAAACCCAUUUACUUCAUUAGACUCAUUUUUCAGCCUGUAGAAGUGGGAGAAAUCAAGUUUUUAUGUGAAAGAUGUAAUCCCCUUUUCCCUCUUACUGUAAUAGGAACUUCUGCCUGUCCAACCAGAUAUAUGUAUCUUUAAAAAAAUUCCUAUGGUUUUAUGAAUAGAUUUUUUAAAAUAGUUUGAUCAUUUAUUUUUAUUUUUUAAAAUUUAUUUAUUUGGUUGCACCGG